AUGGGAUCUUAUAGUGGUUUGGGCAUUGGAUUAAGCGUUGUUUUCGGUUGCAUCUUGAUGGGUUUGGUCGCCGAGCUUUACUAUUUACUAUGGUGGAAAAAGAAGGUAGCCCACAACAGCACAAGCAGCAGCCCUGAAAUUGGGGAUCUGGAGUCGGGCCAGGACCCGGAAAAAGACGGCCCGAGCCCGAUGGGUUACGGAGAGGAAGAGAUUGUGACGGAGCUGAUGCGGGCCCACAACCUAUACGGGCCCCCGAGAUUCCUUUUCACCAUAAAGGAAGAGAGCAGGGAGGAUUUGGAGUCUGAGAAUGGGAAAUCGUGGAGAAAAGGGUCGAGAACGACGAGCCUUAACGACCUCUUGCUUUCGUCGCCUACAGCCAAGGGCCUAUACGGAAAUCCCCUGUUCGAGUGCCUCUCAGAGGCGGAGCUCAACAAGCUCAGAUCAUCGCCGCCGCCCAAGUUCAAGUUCCUCAAGGACGCCGAGGAUAAGCUCUUGAGGAAGAUGUUGGCCGAGGAUAACCAGACACGAAAACAAUGA